CGCUGAUAGGCCCAAACGCCGCCGCUAGCCCGGCCCAAGUCCCCCGCCUCUGUGCAGCUCCGGCGCUGGGAUGGCGGCCUCGGCUUUGGCGCUGGGCGGCGUGGGGCGACGCCAGCUCCGGCGGGCGCUGCAGGGCAGAAAAUGGCUUUGGGCCUGGAGUACCAGAGAAUAUGCUUCUGUAACAGCUCAAAGGAACAUCGAGAAAGUUCUCGUGGCAAACAGAGGCGAGAUUGCUUGCAGGGUGAUGCGGACUGCCCGGAAGAUGGGGGUGAAGUCGGUGGCAGUUUACAGCGAGGCUGACCGGAAUUCAAUGCACGUAGCCAUGGCCGAUGAAGCCUAUUGCAUUGGCCCAGCACCAUCUCAGCAGAGCUAUCUGUCGAUGGAAAAAAUAAUGCAAGCAGCCCGAAACUCUGCAGCACAGGCUAUCCAUCCAGGCUACGGUUUCCUAUCUGAAAACACAGAGUUUGCUGAACUCUGUAACCAAGAAGGGAUCAUUUUCAUCGGUCCUCCUUCGUCUGCUAUCAGAGAUAUGGGCAUUAAGAGUACUUCUAAGGCCAUCAUGUCUGCGGCGGGAGUUCCCGUGGUGGAAGGUUACCACGGGGAAGAGCAAUCCGACAGCUUUUUGGAAGAGCAAGCCAGAAGGAUCGGCUACCCAGUUAUGAUCAAAGCAGUCCGUGGAGGUGGAGGCAAGGGAAUGAGAAUAGCACUCACUGAAAAAGAAUUUCAGGAACAAUUGGAAUCAGCUCGAAGAGAGGCAAAGAAGUCCUUUAACGACGAUGCCAUGUUGAUAGAGAAGUUUGUUGACAAUCCAAGGCACGUAGAAGUUCAAGUAUUUGGAGACCAACAUGGCAAUGCAGUUUACCUGUUUGAAAGAGAUUGCAGUGUACAGAGAAGACAUCAAAAAAUUAUUGAGGAAGCUCCAGGGCCAGGAAUUAAGCCUGAAGUGAGAAGAAAGCUUGGAGAGGCCGCUGUUAGGGCAGCAAAAGCCGUGAACUACGUUGGGGCAGGAACUGUGGAGUUUAUCAUGGACAGCGCACAUAAUUUCUAUUUCAUGGAAAUGAAUACUAGGCUGCAGGUGGAGCAUCCAGUUACUGAGAUGAUCACGGGGACUGACUUGGUGGAAUGGCAACUGAAGGUGGCUGCGGGAGAGAAGAUUCCUCUGACUCAGGAAGAAAUUGUCCUCAAGGGACACGCAUUUGAAGCUAGGAUCUACGCCGAAGAUCCCAACAAUAACUUCAUGCCAGGAGCUGGACCUUUAUUGCAUCUGUCCACGCCUCCUGCUGACAGCUGCACCAGGAUAGAAACCGGGGUAAGACAAGGAGAUGAGGUUUCUAUAUACUAUGAUCCAAUGAUUGCUAAAUUAGUUGUUUGGGCAGAAGAUCGCCCAGCUGCUUUAAGGAAAUUAAGAUACUGCCUUCAACAAUAUAAUAUCGUCGGACUGAGCACCAAUGUGGAUUUCUUACUGAAUCUCUCAGCCCAUCCAGAGUUUGAGGCUGGGAACGUUCACACAAAUUUUAUCCCUCAACACCACAGUGAGCUCUUUCCACCCAAGCGGUCAAUUUCGAAAGUGACUUUGUGCCAGGCAGCUCUUGGCCUCAUUCUGAAAGAGAAACUGGUGACUGAUACCUUUAGACUCCAGACAGAAGAUAAGUUCUCUCCAUUUGCAUCCAGCAGCGGCAGAAGAAUAAAUAUCCCCUAUGUUAGAAACAUGAUUCUCCUGGAUAAUGAAAAAAAUGUGAACAUUACUGUACAGUACAAUCACGAUGGGUCUUAUGACAUGCAGAUAGAAGAUCAGUUUUUCCAUGUUUCUGGUUGCCUCUCAAAGAACGACGACAUAGAGUAUAUAAGAUGUUCAGUGAAUGGAGUUGUAUACCAGUCCAAAUUAGUACUUCUGGACACUGCCAUAUACCUCUUCUCGUCGGAAAAUCAUGAGCAGAUUGAUCUUCCGGUGCCAAAAUAUUUAACUAGCACGAGUGCAGGAGGCGGUCACAGUGGGGCUGUAGCUCCCAUGACAGGGACAGUGGACAAGGUCUUUGUGAAAUCCGGAGACAAAGUCCAGGUUGGAGACUCCCUUGUGGUGAUGACAGCUAUGAAAAUGGAGCAUACCAUCCGGGCUCCCAAGGCAGGGAUAAUAAAGAAAGUCCUUUAUCAGGAGGGCUCACAGGUCAACAGACAUGCUCCUCUGGUUGAGUUAGCAGAGGAAGACUGAUCCAGAAAAAUCCCCAGCGAUUGGAGGGAGAACUGCCUCCAAAUUCUUUGCUCACGAGAAUGAAAGAGAAGAGUCCAAGGUUCGGUUUACCUAUACACAGCCAUGUUUGAUGAUCCUCAGCGUUUAAAAUGAUCCUUUCUUAUUGCUGGAUUCCUUAGCAGUUGAUUACUCUCCAUGAAAGCAAAAUAUGGUCCUCAGUGAAAAACAUUUUAAACCUCCACUUGAGAGGCUCUGUCAGUGUUCCCACAGAUGCCCUAAUUAAAUCAAGAGCCUCGAGCCAAGGUUCAAAGGAAAUCUAGUUAUUUAUUAAGGAGCUCCAUGUCGGCACAUUCCCAAAUGAAGCCAACUCUAACUCCACGUAACUUACGCCCCAGUCAUGACCCUGUUUCCUUCCUUCCCCCCAGGGUGUGUCAUCAAUCACAUUCGCCAACGGAGUAGUUCCCCAGGUGGUAGAGAUCACUCCCGUCUGCCCGCUAUGGGUAACUCUGGAAGACAGCCUUGAGAGAGAUAAGUCUAGAAUGUACUUCUGUUUUUGGCUGCCGUGCUGCUCCAUUGGUUUCCCAUCCCCCUUGCCUAUGGCAACUGAAGAUCACGCCAGGACUGCUUUGCAAAUUGACAGGCUGUUUGUUACAACAGAAACCUGUGAUGCCUGCAUGGGGAAUCCAAAGAUCUUCCUCCAAUCUAACCAAUAUGCCUUUUUGCGAAUUGGGACUUGAAAAGUUUGUGAUUAUAUUUUCAUUUAGCCAGCAAUGUAAUCUGAUGGUCCUGGACGAGCUGAGUUCUCACAUCUCCAUUGGCAUAAUAAUAGCUUGAUCCUGGACAGUCAAUGUGAAUGAAGAAAUCUGGACUGAAUCCAGUAAAAAACCGAAGAUAAUGAAGUAAUGUACCUUUCCAGAAUCUCUACUCAUUUGAGGGAUCAAUGAUAGCCAGGAACU